AUGCUCUCUAAGUCCUUCCUCCUCUCUCUCUUCGCCUCCAGCGUAGCGGCUGCUGGCGUAACAGGCUCCCCAUCUGGGUUCGCUGCAUCAACCACUGGUGGUGGUGAUGCUGAACCUGUGACGCCGACCACCACCGAAGAGUUGGUCAGCUAUCUUACCGAUGACGAGGCACGCGUUAUCAUCUUGAACCAGGAGUUCAACUUCCUUGGUACAGAGGGCGAGACCACCGAAAAUGGCUGCCGUCCCGACUCCAACAGCUGUCCCGACAAUGGUGGUCAGGAUGCCAUCGACGGCGCCAAUUGGUGCACCAACUCCGACUACCCCACCGUCUCCGUGACUUACGACAACGCCGCCAUCACGCCCAUUAACGUGAAAUCUAACAAGUCUAUCGUCGGCGAAGGCACCAAAGGCGUAAUUCGCGGCAAAGGUCUCCGCUUCGCAGGCGUCGAAAACAUUAUCGUGCAAAACAUCCACGUCACCGAGCUGAACCCGCAGUACAUCUGGGGCGGCGAUGCCAUCACGCUCGCUGGCACGGAUCUGAUCUGGAUCGACCACGUUAAGACUUCGCUCAUCGGCCGCCAACACAUCGUUGCGGGCUACGACCCCAGUAACCGCGUCACUAUCUCCAACACUGAGAUUGAUGGCAACACGAACUGGUCGGCGUCCUGUGAUAAUCACCACUACUGGGCUAUCCUGCUCAUUGGAAGCGGGGAUAAGAUUACGUUCCAGGGUAACUACAUCCACCACACUUCUGGCCGCAGCCCGAAGGUCGGCGGUACGGACGAAGGGACACUGCUUCAUGCCCUCAAUAACUACUUCUACGACAAUACCGGUCACGCAUUUUCCAUCGCUGAGGACGAGAAUGGUCGCGUUCUUGCGGAGGGUAACGUCUUCGAGUCGGUCACUACGCCUAUCGAGUCUGGUUUUGAUUUGCUUUACGCGGUCACCGACAACGGUGCAGCUUGCAGCAGCCCACUUGGUCGCACUUGCCAGGUCAACCAGUUAACUAGCUCUGGUUCCUGGAGUGGAAGUGCCACUGGCUUUUUGAGUAGCUUCGCGGACGAGGGUGUUGAGGCUGUGGCGGCGAGCGGCGUUGCUGCCAGUGUCAAGAGCAACGCUGGUGUUGGAAAGCUAUAA